CGCACUACACAGUGAGCACACUGAGAGACGACCUAAAUUGGCCCCGCGCGCUCGUUGGCACGGUGCUCAUCUCCUCAUCCUGUCGGCCCGUCGACCCACCGGCCACCGAGAACGAACCAGGCAAUGCCGCGCCACCUGCUGCAGCAGUCCGUCGACCGCCUGGCCGCGAUGGCCGCGCCGCCGGCGGCCGCCAUGGCCGGCGGUGGGACGAGCGCGCACACGGACACGGUCCUGAUCGUGAUUGCGGUGCUCUGCUUCCUGCUGUGCGUGGUCGGGCUGGCCAUGGUCGCGCGCUGCUCCCUGCUCUGCAACCCCUCCGCCUUCUCCGUCGACGGGCCGGCGGCCAAGGCGCCUUGCGGUGGCCUCGAGAAGAAGGCGCUGCAGUCGCUGCCGACCGUGUCGUGGAGGCCGCAACAGAGGGAGGUGGACGAGGAGGAGGGGGAGCGGCCGGAGUGCGCCAUCUGCCUGGCGGAGUUCGCGCGCGGCGACGAGGUGCGCGUGCUCCCGCACUGCGGCCACGGCUUCCACGCCGCCUGCGUCGACGUGUGGCUCCUCUCCAGCUCCACCUGCCCGUCCUGCCGCCGCGCCCUCGUCGUCGUGUCGCCGGCGCCGCCAACCACCCAUCCUCCCGCGGGUACGACGACGUGCUGUGCCGUGGCAGGCCGCUGCCGGCCGUCGUCAUCGUAGGCGACCGACCGGCCGUCUACAUACAUAUCCUGGUCUGUUCCCGCAGCUGCUGCAGAGUACAGAUUAUGUUCAGACGUAGUCGCUCACGUACGUACAUACGCGCCAUUUGAUUAGUUGUUUACAUACAUUUCCCAUGUGUCAUGUCAUCCGAACACAUCAGUAUACCGUAUACUGUAUACGCGUACGUGCAACUGGACGGUGUGCAUGCCAUGGGUCGAUGAUGCACCGCUUGGUAUGUUUCGGGAGCGGCUACGGGUCAGUUGACUGACUUCUUUUUGGGUUAGUCGACUGACCCAAACUCGUUUCAGUUGAAUGAUUGACGUGUUUGCUGAAUCCCAAGGUCACCGGUGGACUCCCUGGCCCGUGUAUUACCCUUGAAGAAGAACGAAUAUAAAAAAACUGAACAUUGACAAUACCCUUUAAGAAGAAAGGCGAUAAAAACCAGGUAAGGUAAAAUCUGCAAGCAAUUUACACAUAAAUUGCGUUUUGUUAUAAUAUGCAAAAAUAAAGGUAUUACCAUUAAAGAGAUAAAAUGAAAUAAAUUAAAAUUAAAAUGAAAACAAAAUAAUGAAGUUUUCUAGGGAAGAAUGAAACCCUUUAAGAAAAAAGAAAAUAAAAAAAUAAAACAAAUACAAAACAAUGAAGUUUUCUAUGAAAGAAUGAAACCCUUUAAGAAAACAAAAUGCGAAAACUAAAACUAAACAAAACAAUGAAGUUUUCAAUGUAAUAAUAAAACCCUUUAAGAAGAAAUAAAAUAUAAAAACAAAAACAAAAAUAAACUAAUGAAGUUUUGGGAAAAUGAAACCCUUUAAGAAGAAAUAAAAUUAAAAAAUAACUUGCAUAGAAGUAUGCCCUGAAAUUGCACUUUUCAAAUAUGCCAAAAAUAAGCAUAUACAGUGCAAUUUUUGCUUCUACUAUAAUUUACACACAUUUUUUUUAGAAGAUCUAUAAUUUACACACAUGGUGUAUCAUACCUGCGUGUAUAGUUACUUACAAACACAAAAAAUAUUUUUUAAGAAGAAAUGAAAUAUAGUGGCAUUGGUACCACCCUUUAAGAAGAAAGAAAUUCAAAAAAAAAAGAUACAAUUUGCACACAAUUUACACAUAACUUGCACUUUUUAGUUAUGUAAGAAUAAACAUAUUAUAGUGAAUGUUACAUAAAAACAAAAAAUUUAAACAGGGAACGAAUAAGUGGCAUUGGUAUCGUCCUUAAAAACAUGAAAUGAAUUAAAAACUAAACAUAAUAAAAACAAAUAGAGUUUUCUAAGAGAGAAUAAAUUAGCGACAUUGGAAUUACUCUUAAGAGGAAAGAAAAUAAAGAAAAAACUUGCACACACCUUUGCACUGAAAUUGCACUUUUUAUAAAAUGCAGAGAAUACACAUAUAAUAAUGCAACUUUAGCAGUCUAGUACAAUUUACACACACAUAUUGUAUUGUGCUUUCAUGCAUACAUACACAUAAUAAUAGAAAAAUGUAUUUAAUUAGCCAAAAAAUUGCACAAAACAAUUAGCAUUGGUAUUACCCUUAAAGAAUAAAGAAAAAAAAAACCAAAAGUUUCCACACAAUUAGCACAAAAAUUGCACUUUUUAUAAUAUGCAAACUAAAUAUAUAAGAAUGAAGUUUCUAUACUCUGAUGUAAUUUGUACAUGUAGUACUUGCAUGUAUACAUUUUCACGCACUCAACAUCCAAAAAUACACGUAAAGAAGAAGAAAAAACUCAACAGAAAAAUAAAAAAUAAAAGCAUACACGUGCAGAAUACAAAAGUAAACACAUGAAAAAAAAGCAUACACACCAAAAUCCAG